CCGGCUUGGUCUGCGGCCGUUGCGAGCCGCACCAAGCCGCUCCCCGACGUUUGCACCACCACAUUCACAUUCGCUUCGUCGUCCUGGCUAGAGUUCUGACCUGUUAUAACCUGCAUCGUCGCCGUGGUAGUUCGCCGUGUUAGAAAGACUGUUGAAUAUUUGUGAUUUGGGAAAAAUAAUAUCAUACAUUUAGCAUGGCUGGAAACCAGGAGCAUUGGACUGAUGAUGAAUUGAAGUUGUUGGUUCGGGUUCGGAUCAAGCAUGACAGUUUAUUCUGCGGAUCUAAUGGCAACAUUGCAAAGGGCUGGAAAACUGUGAUACAGGAGUUGGCAAGCCUCGGACUUACCAGAGAACAUGAUAGGAAAAUCAAAAGAAAGUUUUUAGAUGAGUCGAAGAAGUUCAAGGAUUUCAUGAAUCCCUCGCUACACACUGGCAGGAGCACUGAGGAUGGUGAAUCUAUCUCGGAACUUGACCCUGAGCUCUUUGAGCUUUUCGCGAACUACUUUGAGGGGAAACAUACCCUCAAUCCUCCUGCAUUAUAUGAUUCUUCCAUGCCCUCAACUUCCAAAGACCGAGAUCACAGCUACGCCACAAGCGAAUCUGAAUACCUAGGUCCAGUGCCAAGUGAGUAUGUCGAAGUGGGCGAAGAUGGCAUAAACAAUGAAAAUGAUGAUGAGGAUGAUGAAACUAAAGUGACAGUGACAGCCCACAAUAGCAAGAGGUGUAAAGAUUUUUAUCAGAAAAAUAAUAAGAAGCAAAAGGGAGAAAAGAAAAAAAAUGAUGAAGACUGGUUUAAAGAGUACUUAGUCCAGAGUAGAGAAGAUAGAAAAGAAGAAAUGAAUCAACUCUUGGGUGCUCUAAAAAAUCUUGCACCACCAAAGUAGUUUGUAUACUUUUGUCUUCUGGACUGCUAACUUACUUGUUUUUUUGUUUUUGUUUUGUAUUUUUUUACGCUUUUGUCUCCUUGACUGACUGAUGUGUCUUGGUAUGUUUUUGUUGUUUUCUGGUUGUGUUUUACUGCUGAUACGUGAAACAUGCAUUGUAAGAUUUUUGUUUGAUUUUUGGCAAAAGGCCUACUUGUGCAGCUUAUGCUUCUACAUUGCUCCCUAAAAGUAUUUUUUUAAGUUGUUUAAUUUUUUUAUUACUGGUUCUUUUAAACUGCUUUAUGUUUCUAAAUGAAAUGUUACUCUCAAAGCAGUUUAGAAAUCCAUGUUCAUGUGAUGAUUUAUAUUUUAGUUUCAUUAUUUGACUGAUAUAUUAUUUGAUAUAUAUUCAUAUCAUAUCUUGCUUCUAUAUCUUGUGCAAGAAUUGUGCUUUAUUUUUUAUGUGAUAUUAGACUUACAGAUUUUGUUUAGUUAAAUUGUUUCCUGAGCAAUAUAUGAUCACUUGUUUGUGUAUUUUGUCUACAAGACUAAGUGUUAUUAGGCAUUUAUUGGAGAUAAAAAUAUAAUGAAGUGUAAAGAAAAGAAGUGUAU